AUGGUUGCCCCGGCCAAGGAUCCCAGAGAAGAAGUCAUUCAAGCAUGGUACAUGGAUGAUAGUGACGAAGAUCAGAGACUGCCUCAUCACAGGGAGCCCAAGGAAUUUGUGUCUUUGGACCAAAUUGCUAAACUUGGAGUACUUAGUUGGCGGCUUGAUGCGGACAACUAUGAAACAGAUGAAGAGUUGAAGAAGAUACGCGAGGAGCGUGGAUAUUCCUACGUGGACUUCUGUGAAGUUUGCCCAGAGAAGCUGCCUAAUUACGAAGAGAAGAUCAAAAACUUCUUCGAAGAACAUCUUCAUACUGAUGAGGAGAUCCGCUACUGUGUUGCUGGAAGUGGUUAUUUUGAUGUCAGGGAUCAUAAUGACAGCUGGAUUCGCGUUUGGGUGAAGAAAGGUGGAAUGAUUGUCUUACCUGCUGGAAUUUAUCACCGCUUCACAUUGGAUUCAGAUAACUAUAUUAAGGCAAUGAGGCUCUUUGUGGGCGAUCCAGUUUGGACUCCAUUCAAUCGUCCACAUGAUCAUUUACCUGCAAGGAAGGAGUAUGUGCAAGCUUUUGUAAACAAGGAACACAAUGACCGUGCUGUUGAUGCUGCUGCAUGA